CCCAUCUGCGUCUUGCGCCGGUCGGGAGUGAACCACCAAGUCUCCACCUCCCGCCAGAAAGCCCUGAGCCUGGUAAGCUGCUUCGCAGGCGGCGUCUUUCUGGCCACCUGUCUCCUGGAUCUGCUGCCUGAUUACUUGGCUGCCAUUGAUGAGGCCCUGCGGGCCCUCCACGUGACGCUCCAGUUUCCCCUGCAAGAGUUCAUCCUAGCCAUGGGCUUCUUUCUGGUCUUGGUCAUGGAGCAAAUCACACUGGCUUACAAGGAGCAGUCGGAGCCGCUGCCUCGGGAGGAGACAAGAGCUCUGCUGGGAACAGCCAGUGGGGGACCGCAGCACUGGCACGAUGGGCCAGGCGUCCCACAGGCAAGUGGAGCAGCAGCAGCAGCACCUUCGGCCCUCCGUGCCUGCGUCCUGGUCUUCUCCUUGGCCCUGCACUCGGUGUUUGAGGGGCUGGCGGUGGGGCUACAGCGAGACCGAGCUCGGGCCAUGGAGCUUGGCUUGGCUCUGCUGCUCCACAAGGGUAUCCUGGCGGUCAGCCUGUCCCUGCGGCUUUUGCAGAGCCACCUGCGGGCCCAGGUGGUGGCUGGCUGUGGCAUCCUCUUCUCAUGUAUGACACCUCUGGGCAUCGGGCUGGGUGCCGCUCUGGCAGAGUCAGCUGGGCCCCUGCACCAGCUGGCCCAGUCUGUGCUGGAGGGCAUGGCAGCUGGCACCUUCCUCUACAUCACCUUCCUGGAGAUCCUACCCCAGGAGUUGGCCACUUCUGACCAGAGGAUCCUCAAGGUCAUUCUGCUCCUAGCAGGCUUUGCCCUUCUAACUGGCCUGCUCUUCAUCCAAGUCUAGGAGGAAGGCGCCAGUAAAGGGCAAGGGAGGUUGGGUAGCAGGUACCCCUGCCCUAUCCUCCACCCCAGUGUAUGUGGAAGAGGCCAGGGAGGCACUGAGGACCAAAGAGUUCCCCAGGAACUAGGGGUGACGCCUUUGGUCAGACAGCAGCCUGGCCCCAGACCAGGGGACAAGGGUGGCCAUAAUCAAGAGACAUUAGGAUUAAGGGUCAGACACUACACGCAAAGGCAAACUGACAUUAUUUAGGCUGGAGGUGGACCACCCACCUGCUGUGGAGUAGAGGUAUGGAGAAGGCACUCCAGUUGGUUCUAGCCCAUUUCAGCACCCUGCCACUUGGAGUGCCCCCACCCCCUCUUACUUUUCUUAUCUCCUGUGACUCCUCCCUCUUCCCUUUUCCCAGGGAGGCCAGUGCCAAAUGGCCUCUUCCUGCCAGUUUUGGUAUCUUCUCUGGCACUUCCGGCCCUACUCACUUCUCAGUUUUCAAAGUGCCAAAUAAAUCUCCCCCAUUCUCUUUUCUCAAAGCACAGUGAUGCCACUGAGUCCUGCCCAGUGCCUCAGUGAAGGGGACUCCCCUGCUUGUUCUUGAUUUUAGACCCAGGUCCUGGGGUGGGGGAGAAAUAUUUGUUGGACUGAGGUGGGGGUGGGAUUGGCAGAGCCCCCCAACUGCCGCUGCACCAUAGGGAUACAGGACAUGGUCCUUGUGCCAGAUUCCAAACACUGAGCUGCCAAAAUGUUUUUUAUAUCAGAGGAGCCGAAGGGUGAGGAAGAGCUCACCCCUGAGGUUAUUUUUGGGGUGGGAAGGCUGUGCAUAGGGGUCAUAUUCUCUAGAAUCUAUUUUACUAACCGACCUGUUUUGGAACAUGUUAUCCAAAUAAAAGAUGUUUCUAUAAACCUG